AUGAUCCAAGGCCAUCUCAUUACUCGACCUGAAACUUCUCUCCCCAAAAAUAGCAGGCUUCUGGCCCUGCCGCGCGAGAUCCGGGACCUCAUCUACCGACUAGUUCUCGCCGUGGGCCAUGCUCUCUACAUCUUCCAGCAGCCAGGCGCCCAGAAAGUCGAGCUUUUUGCUCCUGACAAGCCCGCUCGCUGGCUUUCCCUGCUUUACACCAGCCGGCAGUUGCACAUCGAAGCCAGCGCGGUGCUGUACCGUGUCAACCAGUUCAAUCUGGUGGACGGUUCGAGGCGCCAAGCCAGCGUUAUCCAGUCCUUUCUCAGCAGUAUCGGGCCAGUAAAUGCGAGCCAUCUGUCCCACAUCCACAUAAGCUUCCCGGGCAUGGAGGACCUCUCCGGCUCCGUCUCGAUCAGGGAAGAAGACUUGCGCGGGCUGUCUCUUCUCCUUGAGAGGUGCGCCGGUCUCAGGACACUGGAACUGUAUCUGCAGGGGCCGCUUGCUCGGAGGUUGGCCUUGCCGGGAUUUUACGCUGCCGAUGCGGGAUCUGUUGAGCAGAUGCUGUCCCAGGUUGAUGCCCGCCUGAGGCAGCGGCCCUCAUCGCUCAAAGUUCUAGUCAAAGUUCUCGACGGAGUUUUCAUACCAGAGGGUAUCAGCGGAGUUUUAGCACCAGAGGUUACUGAGCUAAUGGGGCGCUUUGGCUGGAUCGUCUCGUCUUGA